UUUUUUGCACUUGCGUCCCCCUUCUCUCGAACUUUUUUAUAUUUUUUUAGUUGCAACUCUAAAUUCCACCACGAUUUAAACAAGCAAAGUUCUCCCUUUUUUAAUUCCUACUGCUAUUCGCCUGUACUCUUUAGUAUUUUAAAAAAAUUAUCUUUACAUAAAUAUAAACAACAAUGAACGCGAGCACCGAAAGCUCCCUGUCAAUACAGUCAAUUAAUACAGCAUUAGCAGCCGUACCUUCAGCAGCACAAACACAGCAGGACGAGCACCCAUUGCAUUAUACCUGGGUGUUUUGGUUCAUGCAUCGUCUUCCAAAAGCCAAAAUUAAGGAUUAUGAAGGAAGCAUGAAGCGCAUUGCAGCAUUCUCCUCGAUUGAGGAGUUUUGGGCAGUGUACAGUCAUUUACGUCGACCAAGCGAUUUACCAAACAUUAGCGACUAUCACUUAUUUAAAAUGGGAGUACGGCCUGUAUGGGAGGAUGAAGCAAACAUUCACGGGGGUAAAUGGAUUGUACGAUUGAAGAAGGGUUUGGCAAGUCGAUAUUGGGAGCAGCUGGUUCUUGCUAUUAUUGGAGAGCAAUUCGACGUGCAGGGCGAGAUCUGCGGCGCCGUGUUAUCGAUUCGUAAUUCAGAAGACAUCAUUUCUGUAUGGAACCGAACAGCAUCGAAAGGACGAAUUAAUCUGAAGAUAAGGGACACAAUCAAAAAAGUGCUCAGUCUACCGCAGGAUACCACGAUGGAGUAUAAAACGCACAAUGAUUCGUUAAAGGACAAUUCAAGCUUUUGUAACACUGACGUGUUUCGAUGAACAAAACAAAUUCAACAUGGCCAAAUAAACAACGACACGACUGAACCAAAGUAUAGAAAGGGCAACAGGGUGCUGCUGCACAGUGCGGAUCACCGCUCUCACAAAAAAAAAAAAAAAAAAGAGUUCCCAAAAUAAGCAAAAAAUCAUAGAGAAGAAGGUUGCAUGAAAUCUUUUUGUUUGAUUUGGAUCGAAAGCAAUUCUCGAAAAGGAAAGACUCUUUUUCGCGCGAAAUGACAUAAAGAACAAAAAGGACUUGGGGUUGUUGUUGAUGGAACACACGACAUGAGAGGGACGCGUAAUAGAGGCUGCACAUCAUUAUCUUACCGUGCAAAAGAACCCCAUGGUUACACACCGGUUCGAGGCCAACAGCAGCCAGGGGGGGCGGGAUUGAACUUUUUAUUGUAUUGUAUUAUUCCCCCCCCCACCAAGUUCUCG